AUGGUUGCUGAAUUCGUCUACUUUGAUAUCCACGGCCUUGGUGUCAUGCCACGACUUGUGAUGGCAGCUGGCGGUGUCGAGUUUACUGAUACUCGUGUUACCUUCCCUCAGUGGCCUGAGCUCAAGAAAACGAUGCCACUUGGUCAAGUUCCGAUCCUAAAAACCGACGGUCUGACCAUCAACCAAUCCAAUGCCAUCAUCAACUGGGCCGUUCGAGCCGGCGAUCUACCAAAGCUCUCUUGUGAGGAGUCUUCCAAAUCUGACAUGGUCGCCGAAACCUGCCGAGAAGUCUUUGAUGGAGUCCGCAUUCCAGCUUUUGCCGCCAUGCGAGCUAUUGAUGAGAGCAAAAAGGAAGAACGAUCUGCCGCUUUCCGAGACACCGCGAAAGCUAAGCUUCUCGAGCAGCUCCCUAAACUCGAAACCAUUCUCAAACAUGUCGGAGCUGGUGAAACUGGAAUUGCCGCUGGAAAAAUCACUCUUGGAGACCUCUACCUCCUGAACAUCGGGCUUCUCUCCUACGAUUUGGGAACUUGCGACUCUGUCCCAAAAUCUGUGAUGGCGAUUGCCGAGACUCUUCGAAAGAACGACCGAAUCGCUGCCUUUUUUGAAAAAGAAAAGGAGACCAAAUUCUUUCCCUUCUAA